GCGAGCUGCGGAAGGCGGGGCAGGCGCCUCUUCGGCGAGCUCGCGCGAGAACGUGCUGCAACGCCGCUCGUCGAUCACCUUGCCCCGCCCCACGUCGGCGCGCCCCCGGGCAAGCUCCUCCCCUAGCCCUGCCUGGGCGGGAAGCAAACGCGCGCUCCCUCCGGUUACCCUCCGCCUAGGGGAAGGGCGGGAGAAGCGGAGGCGCGCGCUCGCGAGCUGCGUGCUUGCGUACGUCGCCGGGGUUCGGCUGCGUCCGUCCCGCCGCCCGCCCAUUGCCGCCGCCGUCGCUGCCGCCGCGUUCUCGCUUUGCCCGCCGCCGCCUAAGGGGGGCUGGGGCCAGGGCCAGCCACCACCGCCGUUGCCGGGAUGCCGCGGGUGUAUAUCGGCCGCCUGAGCUACCAGGCCCGGGAGCGCGAUGUGGAGCGCUUCUUUAAGGGCUACGGGAAGAUCUUGGAGGUGGAUCUGAAGAACGGAUAUGGUUUUGUGGAGUUUGAUGAUCUGCGUGAUGCAGAUGAUGCUGUUUAUGAACUGAAUGGCAAAGACCUUUGUGGUGAGCGAGUAAUUGUUGAGCAUGCCCGCGGCCCACGGCGAGAUGGCAGUUACGGUUCUGGACGCAGUGGAUAUGGUUAUAGAAGAAGUGGCCGAGAUAAAUAUGGCCCUCCUACUCGCACAGAGUACAGGCUUAUUGUGGAGAAUUUGUCAAGUCGGUGCAGCUGGCAAGACCUAAAGGAUUAUAUGCGUCAGGCAGGAGAAGUGACUUAUGCAGAUGCUCACAAGGGACGCAAAAAUGAAGGGGUGAUUGAAUUUGUAUCUUACUCUGAUAUGAAAAGAGCUUUGGAAAAGUUGGAUGGAACUGAAGUCAAUGGCAGAAAAAUCCGAUUAGUUGAAGACAAGCCAGGUUCCAGACGACGCCGGUCCUACUCCAGGAGCCGGAGCCAUUCGAGGUCUCGCUCUCGAAGCAGACAUUCCCGUAAGAGCAGAAGCCGAAGUGGAAGCAGCAAAAGCAGUCAUUCUAAGAGCAGAUCCCGGUCCAGGUCGGGCUCCCACUCCCGGAGCAAGAGCCGGAGCCAGCAGAGUCGGAGCCGGAGCAAGAAGGAGAAAAGCAGGAGCCCCAGCAAGGACAAGAGCCGCAGCCGCAGUCGCAGCGUUGGCAAGAGCCGAAGCAAAAGCAAAGACCAAGCUGAAGAGAAGACAAACAAUGACAAUGCUGGGAAACCUAAGAGCCGGAGUCCUAGCAGGCAUAAAAGUAAGAGCAAAAGUCGGAGCAGGAGUCAGGAGAGGAGAGUGGAGGAGGAGAAGCGAGGGAGUAUGAGCAGGGGCAGGAGCCAGGAGGAGGGCAGGGGCCAGGAGAAGAGCCUCCGCCAGAGCCGGAGCCGGAGCCGGAGCAAAGGGGGUAGCAGGAGCCGGAGUAGGAGCCACAGCAAGAGCAAGGACAAGAGGAAGGGCAGGAAGAGAAGCAGGGAGGAGAGCCGCAGCCGCAGCCGCAGCCGCAGCCGCAGCAAGAGUGAGAGGAGCAGAAAGCGAGGCAGCAAGCGAGACAGCAAGACGGGCAGCAGCAAGAAGAAGAAGAAGGAAGACACUGACCGCUCGCAGUCCAGAUCGCCGUCCCGCUCUGUUUCAAAGGAGCGGGACCAUGCCAAGUCUGAAUCCAGCCAGAGGGAAGGCCGAGGGGAGAGUGAGAAUGCUGGCACCAAUCAGGAGACCCGGUCCAGGUCGAGAUCCAAUUCCAAAUCGAAGCCAAACCUUCCAUCAGAAUCACGCUCCAGAUCAAAGUCAGCUUCAAAAACCCGAUCUCGGUCCAAGUCUCAAUCCAGGUCUGCUUCCAGAUCACCCUCCCGGUCUAGAUCUAGGUCCCACUCAAGGUCCUAACUGGCUACGACCACAGCUGGAACUACCCAAGGAGUCUUUUGUACAUGUUUGGUAGCCGUAGCACAAGUGAUUGGAGUAGAACAUGUCACUGCUGUACAUUUUUAACUCCCCUAAUGGUGUGUCUAUAAUUGUUAAAUCUAAGUGCUUCCUCUCAGUAAAGCCUCCUGGCGCCAGGCCUUCCUGCUCGACUGAAAAAAAAAAAAAAAAAUUCUCUUUUGAAAAUUCCCUUUUACUCAUGGCCCACAGUAGAAUAUCCAAAACGCCUUGGCUUUCAGGCCUGGCCUUUCCUUCAGGGAGCUCAGUAACCUGGACGGCUCUAAGGCUGGAAUGACCACAUAGGUAGGUAUGGUGAGUUCAACCAUUUUUGCUCUUGAAUUGAUGCCCUUCGAUGUAUGCCAUUUAGUGAAA